CUGGCAAAGCUCCCCUUGGAAGGCAAUGUGCUUGGCUUUCGUGACACAGCUCCUGUUUCCAAGCUGUCGCAGCUUGCCUCACAUGUCUGGCUUAGUGAUACCACAGUCAACAUGAUGCUCGACAUCAUCCGGCAACCCAUCUCUACCAACUCGUACCUCUCCUCCCGUCACGACAUUGUUCUGUGCUACACGGCUACCAAAAUUCAGUCUGUUUACGGCUUGCGUGACAACAUUGAUUAUCCCAACUCAAAGGACUGCGGAGAACUGCCACGUUUGGGAUCUGAUCUCGCAGGCGGGUUAAAGGAUAGCAUCAGUACACUUUGUCUUAUCAAUGGCAACCACUGGGUGGCCAUUGUAGUCAACCAGAGUGAGAGAAAGGUAUUGUAUGGUGAUCCAGGAGGUUCGGGAGCACCUGUGGCGCUUCGUCAAGCCAUAGAUUGGUGGUUGAAAAAUCACUUUACCGAAAGCUUUGCCUGGGUUCGCCUCCCUUGCACCCACCAGCACGAUUCCCAUUCCUGUGGUGUUCUUGCUGUCAAUGUGAUUGCGCACCACCUCCUUCCUGCGACAUUCCCACUCAUAUCACCAACA